AUGGCGACCAAGUCUCCGCUGCUGGCGUCGCACGAGGCCAACGUGGCGGUGGCCAAGGACCUGAUCGAUCCAGUGUCCUCCGUCGCUGCAUUCGGCGAGGACGACCGAUCUAUCGUGGCGCAAUGCGAACUGCAGCCUGGCGUUGAAUUGGUGACGCUGCAAAGAGGAGCGUUUCUAAAUGGCAGUUGCUGGCUCGAGCACUACGACGCCGAGGACAAACCCAAGCUGCAGGAGCAGAUCGACUCGUUGCAGCCGAGCGACACUGUGAAGACCACUUUGGUCCUGCUGGCGGAGCUCGCGCGGGGCGAAGAAAGUGGAUUUCACGGCUACAUCCAGCAACUUCCGACUUCCAUUUCGCUGCCGUUCAGCUGGGGUGCUGAAAGCCGAGAAAUGCUCCGACACACCACGGCGCACCUGAUUCUGGACGAUAAACUGGUGCUCAAGAUGUACGCAGACUAUGCCGAACCAUUGAUGAAGGAGUUCUCGACGAUUUGGCCCGCUGAGGUGUCGACGCUGGAGAAGUUUCAAUGGGCGUACUCGAUGGUGUCGUCGCGGGCUUUCAAGGUUACGGACGGCCAGGAGCCGACGCUGCUGCCGGUGAUCGACAUGGCCAACCACGCGGCCGAAAACCCAGCAGCGCACAUCGUGAAAACCGAGACGGGAAGCUUCCAGUUGACUACGUUGCGCAAGGUUGAGAAGGAUGAGUCUGUUACGAUUUCGUACGGAGAUCUGUCGAACGCGCAGCUCUUGUGCCGCUACGGAUUCGUGCUGCCGACUUCUGUGCCCUCGGAUUCCAUCCACAUCACCAGCUCCGAGCUGACUAACGCGUUCAAGGCGUGCUCGCUGAACAGCGAAGAUGAGGAAGAUGAAGACGAAAACGAUGACGACGCGGACGAUAUUCCUCACGUUGGCAAGGGCAAAGGCAAGGGCAAAGCUAGAGCUAAGGCAAACCCUGCCAAGCGCAGGAAGUUGGCCCACCCUCAGGACGAGGACAACUCGCUAUUCUUCUUGCUGCACGGCGACGCCGAGCGAGAGUUCGGUCUUGGCGAUGCGCUGCUGAGUUUCGUGAUGGCGUCCCAGUUGCCUGCUGAACAGCUCUACGACGUGCUGGCCGUGGUUCUGCAAGACAAGGAUAAACGCUACAGCGACGUGCUGUCGACGUCUUCCGACAACUCCGAAAUGAUUGCUAUUCAGCAGCUCAGCCAGCACGAACGCCAAGUUUGUCGCCGCAUUCUGCUGGAGCUGAUGUCGCUGGAGGAAGGUUCGGACUCAAGCGACGACGAAGAGUAG